AUGCGGCGGUUCCUACUAUAUAUUUUGGUUCCGGUUCAGACUUUGAGCCGUUGUUUUGAAUACUUUUGGGAGCACUCGAAAAGGCAACAGAUUGGUUUUGCGCCAAAGGAGAAGGAGCAAGUUGAAAAGGCUGAUUUGCUUGAAAAGAAGAAAGAAAAAAAGGAAUCGUCAGAUCUUGCCCAGUCAAAGGAGCGAUCGACACUCGGUCAGAAUAAAAGGAAAGUGCCAGCAGCAGUUCUAUUUGUCAAUAACAACCUGCGAUCAACAUAUAGUUUGUGUGCCGAUAUGUAUGUUUAG